UGGAGGAGGACGGUGGAAGGAGUAGCAACUUUCUCUCUUUCUCACCAACUUUAUGGGGAUUUGUCGCCCGGGGUUUUGCAUGGCUGAAUGGACUUGAGUUUAUUCCUCAAUACGCAGUUGGAUAUUACCAAACCUUGGGCACUUUUUAAGUUUUAAGCUGCUUUUUUUGGGGACCUGUUGUCGCUUGUGGACUUAAUGCGUUUUGAUUUAAUGUGAGACUGAGUGGAGAGACGUGGAAGUAAGGCACAAUAUAAUCUGUAUUGAUUUACGUUGUCGCCAUGUCCAUGCUUCCGACGUUUGGUUUUACGCAGGAACAAGUGGCGUGUGUCUGCGAAGUCCUCCAACAAGGGGGGAACAUCGAGCGGCUGGGGCGCUUCCUCUGGUCCCUCCCGGCGUGCGAACACCUUCACAAAAACGAGAGCGUCCUCAAAGCGAAAGCCGUGGUCGCCUUCCACCGGGGGAACUUUCGAGAGCUCUACAAGAUCCUGGAGAGCCACCAGUUUUCGCCGCACAACCACCCGAAGCUGCAGCAGCUGUGGCUGAAAGCGCACUACAUCGAGGCGGAGAAGCUGAGAGGCCGCCCGCUCGGCGCCGUGGGGAAGUACCGCGUCCGGAGAAAGUUCCCCCUGCCCCGCUCCAUUUGGGACGGAGAGGAGACAAGCUACUGCUUUAAGGAGAAGAGCAGGAGCGUACUCCGGGAGUGGUACACCCACAAUCCUUACCCAUCCCCGCGGGAGAAAAGAGAGCUGGCCGAGGCCACGGGACUCACCACCACGCAGGUCAGCAACUGGUUCAAAAACCGACGGCAGCGAGACCGAGCAGCGGAGGCAAAGGAAAGAGAAAACAACGAGAACAGCAACAGUCACAACCCAUUGACUUCUUCCAUGAAUGGAAAUAAAUCUCUAUUGGGGAGCUCGGACGACGAUAAAACACCCUCGGGGACACCGGAUCACACGUCUCCGAGCCCGGCCCUGCUCCUCGGCCCCAACGCCGGUUUACAGUCCCUGCACGGCCUCGCGCCCCCGCCGGGACCCAGCGCCAUCCCGGUGCCGAGCGGCGCAGACUCGGUGCACCAUCACCACUCAUUGCACCAUGACACCAUACUGAACCCUAUGUCUUCUAAUCUAGUGGACCUUGGCUCUUAAAAAAGCGGCACAAAAGGGGGACAGAGAGCA